AGACGGCGCAUUUAUAAGACAGAGUUCCGCGUGAAUCCUCAGUGCGAUCGUUGUCAACACCUUGCGCCACGUUACGCUGCGGAAGGGGGACGCGAGGUCGUUAAUUUACGUCAGUUUCUUUAUUGGAAACCGCACCGAUUGACGACAAAUACGUUUCAAUUAAAGUUGCUGAAGUGCCGAAUUAGACGCCGGACUGACAAGAUCUUCAUUGACUAUUAAUGUGUCUUCCUAAACAUUAAUGCAAAAGUCUACCUACAAGGCUGCAACGUACUGAGGUUUAAGCCUCCCUGGAUUAUCCGACAACUGAAUUCUUCGCACGUGACAGCCGCUGGAUCGCUUCGUGUCGCAAGUUCAUUGCUCGAUUCGCUCGAGCAAUCGCUCAAUUAGUGACUCAAGUGAUCGAGAACGACGCCUUUUAUACGACUUGCCAGGUAGCCUCGACGAAUAUUCAUUCUCGUCGAAAAAUGAAGGGAUCGUGGGUGAUCUCGUUCGUCUUGACGGUCGUAACUAUCAGUUUGCCGGUGGAGGGGAAGACAUUCACGGAAUGCGAGGCUGCGAAGGAGCUGGAGCGAGCGAAAAUCAGCAAGUCCUUAAUCAGUAACUGGGUCUGCCUGAUGCAAAGCGAAAGUAAGAUGAACACCGCGCUGCUAACCGGACCAAAGACAGCCUCCAGCUAUUCUCAUGGUAUCCUGCAGAUUAACAGUGCCAAGUGGUGCACCCGGGGACGUACAGGUGGCAUCUGCAAUAAGCGCUGCGAGGACUUCCUGAACGAUGACAUACAGGACGAUAUCGCGUGCGCCAAGAAGAUCUUCGAUCAGGAAGGGUUCAAGGCGUGGGAUGGCUGGACCAAGAAGUGCAAGAACAAACCGCUGCCCAAUCUCGCGCACUGCUCACGCAGGAGAAGAAUGGCGACCGAGAUGGAUGCGGCCGAGAUCGAAACCGACCCGGUCCUACGAGUGUGAUGCUGUUUGACACGUCGAAUCAAUGCAGGACUCGAAUUUCGCUCUUCAUUUUACCACUUCUGGGAAUCUUUCCCCACCUCUUGUAACUUUUCACGAUUCAUUGCAUAUCAAGCUAAGCUUACGUAAUCGAAUUUAUCAGAUCGCAGGUUUGUUUCCAUUAAAAGAUUCUUGUAAUUGCGCAUCGUACGCAAUAUACGUUUGUUGCACAAACAAAGUACGCCGGUAUGCUUUAUGAAUAUGGAUCUAAACCGAUUGGACAGGCGCCACUUGUGAGGCAAGACGUGUAUGACUGUUUUAAACUUAUGUUGCACGGCUUGGCAGACGACGCCACGCGACGUGGUUUAGAAAUUCCAACCGUUAGAAUCGCGAAGCCGUACGUGAUGGGAUUUCGCCGAUGUCUUCCCGUUUUCAUCCCUUAUUUUACACUCACGUUGCGUAUGUGACAUUUAAGAAAUCUUUUCAACUCCCAAGCCCGAAUGUCAUAUCUACGAAACGCAGAAGUAAAAUGGACAAGCCUUGCUAACAAAAUGUCUCUGUGUAAAGCUUUAAAAAAAAUUUUCGCAAGCUAGUAAUUCUGUGCCAUAAUUUCGAGAUAAACAAUAUAGAUCUAAAAAUAGAUAAUAUAUAAGUAUUGAAAUAUUUUAAUAAAUUUUAAUUUAACUAUUACGUCAUUAUACAUUUUAGUUAGUUACAUUUAUAUAUUGUUAGAAAACAUAUGAAACUUGUUAUGAUAUAUUGUGUAUAUCAGUUUCUCUCAAAAUGUAGAGCAAUAUUACACGUAUAAUAUAAAUUAGUAUUACACGGAA